UAAAUGUAUGAUAUGAACUUUUAUGACUAAGUUGAUUGAUUAAUUUGUUGCCAAGACGAUCCGUACGACUAGGAUACUUAGAAUUUAAAAAAGUCAUUAAAUUUUGCUGGUGUCUAAGGCCCGCUCUCCCACCCCUCCUCUACCCAAGUCCAAGUCCAAUUAAAGGAGAGGUCAUAGUUGGAAGCAAGGUCAAUUUUUUCAACUUGCAUGUAGGAGAGCUUCCAUUUUAUUUUAUUUAUAAAUAUAAAAAAAAACAUGGUCUUUGUUGGCGAAGAUGAAUAAUUGAAAGAUUAGAGGGAGAAACAGCUAGAGAAAUCCUUUUCACUCAAAGAUGUCAGACAAUUAGAAGGUCAAACCUGUAGGCGGCUAUAUCCUCUCUCUAUUCACAAUUUUUGGUAUACUUCUCUUCUCCUUAUUCAAUGUUUUCAUUCACAACUUGACAAACCCUCCAAAAUGAACCUAAACACCCUUUUCUUUAUCCUCAAACCCUUCUCUUCUCCCCUCAUUCUUUCCCACAUCGUCCUCUUCUACCUCAUUGCCACAAACAUUUCGUGUUCUGUUGACCCUAAAUUCGACGCAUGUCCUUCCAAAACCUGCGGCAACCAAAACAUAAGCUAUCCGUUUUACAUCCAAGGAAUACAAGAGCCCUUUUGCGGCUAUCCUGGUUUUGGCAUCUCUUGUGAUCCAAGUGGUUUCCCAAUCCUCAAUUUGUCUAAUACCCAAUACAUCAUCCACCAAAUAUUCUACCAAAACAAGACACUUCGGGUGUCCAAUCUUGCGUUUUCAAAUCCACCACCAAACACCACCAAACCUUGUCUUCCUCGUACCCAGAAUCUCACCACCGGUAACUUGUUCAGUGUUGCUCCGAACCAAAAGGGCGUGAUAUUGUUCUACGGCUGUGACUUAUCAUCUUCCCUGGAAGAGCACAGAGUUGGGUGCUAUGCAGAAAAGGAAUCGAGUUCAGUUGUGGCAUUGUAUGAAGAGGAUAAGAAUAUAAGGUCUGUGACAGAGAAUUGCACGGGCGAGGGUGUGGCUACGACGACGGUGGCAGAUGGAAUAGGAGGGAUUCGAGAAUCGCUGAGAAAAGGGUUACUGCUGACGUGGACGGCCAGUGACUGCAACACGUGCACCAGCACCGGAGGGAGGUGCGGCUUCGAUUUGGAUCCACGUGUCUACGCUUUCAGGUGCUUCUGCACCGAUAGAGUUCAUUCUGCUAAAUGUGGUCUUGAUGAUCCAGCAGUUCCGGAAAAAAGGUCACAUUUGAAGGCUAAACUUCUUAUAGGUUUAGGUAUUGGAGUCCCAUGCAUGUUGGUAAUUGGGUUGCUGUUUCUCUUUCUACACUACAAACGAAAACAUGCCAUCUCCGGUGAACAAAUGGAGUCAAGAUAUUCCUAUUCUGAUUCCUCCUCAAAUCCUCAUGGGCAAAGUGGCAGCGAGUACUUUGGAGUUCCACUCUACUCUUACGCGCAACUUAAAGAAGCAACAAGCAAUUUCGACCAUACUAAAGAACUUGGAGAUGGAGGCUUCGGUACUGUCUACCAUGGAAAACUCCCAGAUGGACGUGAAGUUGCCGUGAAGCGCUUAUACGAGCACAACUAUAGACGAGUAGAACAGUUCAUGAACGAAGUUAGGAUCCUCACACGUUUGCGUCACAAACAUCUUGUGUCACUCUAUGGCUGCACUUCACGGCACAGCCGUGAACUCCUACUCGUGUAUGAAUACAUAUCAAACGGCACCGUAGCAUGUCAUCUCCACGGUAAAUUAGCGAAGCCUGGCUUGUUAUCGUGGUCUGCAAGAAUCAAAAUCGCCAUAGAAACUGCUAGUGCCUUGGCCUAUCUCCACGCCUCCGACAUCAUCCACCGUGACGUGAAAACCAACAACAUUCUCCUAGACAACAACUAUAGUGUUAAGGUAGCAGAUUUUGGUCUUUCAAGGGACUUCCCCAACCAUGUCACGCAUGUCUCAACGGCUCCACAAGGGACCCCGGGUUACCUUGACCCCGAAUAUUACAAUUGCUACCAACUCACAAACAAGAGUGAUGUGUAUAGUUUUGGAGUUGUGCUUAUUGAGCUCAUAUCUUCCAAGCCUGCCGUUGAUAUGAACAGAAGCAGGGAUGAGAUAAACUUGUCCAACUUAGCUGUAAAGAAGAUUCAAGAAUGUGAAAUUGGUGAGCUGGUUGAUCCUUCUCUUGGUUUUGGUUCGGACAGUGGGGUUAAGGGGAUGAUAGUUUCAGUGGCAGGGUUGGCUUUGCAGUGUUUGCAAAGGGAAAAGGAUUUGAGACCUUCCAUGGAGGAGGUGUUGCAUGAACUGAGGAGAAUUGAGAGUGGAACGGAUGAUGUUAAUGGUUUUGGAGUUUCACAUAGUUGUCAACAUUCGGCACCACCAGCAGCGUCACCUGAGUGGGAUGAAGUUGGAUUGUUGAUGAAUAUGAAGCCUACUUCCCCAAACACUGUCACUGAUAAAUGGGAAAGUGAAUGUACUACGCCUAAUGUCAGUGCUUAAUGGCUUCCUCUAUUAAUUAUAACUUGUUCAUAAUCCGAUUGUACCGUAUCAAGUAUCAACUUUCACUUUUCAUCGCUCAUUAUUAGUUGCGUCAGAGUAUCCAUUAUCCUGUCACCCGCCUGUAUAAUUUUGAAGAGCAAUCAUCUUUUUUUUUUUUUUUUUUUUUUUUUUUUUUUUUUUUUUUCUAGGGUCGGGGAUAAAAACAAAGGAAAAGAGAGAAAAUGAUACAUGUAGCCAAUGCAUAAAGAAUAAGGCUUAAUUGUAAUUUUUUUUCUUCAUUUAUCCUUUAUAUUUUUUAAGAAUUUCGUCAUCCAACUUUUGAGAUUA